GCCUUAGCUUCAGACGACUAAGCAAAAGAAAAUGGCUUCGUUUGGAGACGAGACGAUUGAUACGUACCUAUAUCCCUCUUACAACCCCUAUUCUUACAGAUGUCCGAAACCAAAGAUCUGGCGGAACAAGAGUUAUUUCGCCUUCGGAGAUGCGGAGACCUAUUUUGACAACGAGCAUCGCGCGCAACUGAAGUCUAUUUUGGCACAAAUCAAUCCCAACCUGACGCCAAGACUCAGAAGGCCAAACACCAAAGAAGUAGCUGUACAGGUGAACCCCAAAACCGACGUUUCCGUACAGUGUUCUCUGGGCCCGCGGACGCUCACUCGAACCCGAAAUGUUUUGCGGAAAGGUCAGCAAGGUCCACUUCCCUUGCGCAAGGGGGUUGACGCGCCGCGAUACCCCCGCACCCUCGCCGUAUAUUCGCCGCUAAAUUCCAGACGACUGCCGUCAAUCCUGUCUGGGAUGAAGGGUGGCACAAGAAAAUCUAGCCUGUCUGGUGAUGAACUGGACUCAACACUGAAAACCGAGGGCUCCGAAGCCGAAGGCGACGAUGAGAAGCCUACAAGGAAGCCGGGCAAGAAGAAGCUUAGUCCCGAGAAAGAAGAGCAAACGAAUGCAACCCACGAGGAGAGGGCCAAGACUCAAAGUGGAACACAAAGCGACUCUAAAAUCAAAGGACGCGUGAGAUUUCAGUUCUUGGAGCAGAAGUAUGGCUUCUACCACUGCAAGGAAUGCAACAUGCGCUGGGAGAGCGCCUACGUUUGGUGUGUCCAGGGAACCAGUAAGGUGUAUUUCAAACAGUUUUGCAGAAGUUGCAGGAAGUCCUUCAAUCCUUAUCGUGUUGAGGACAUCACUUGUCAGGGCUGCCACAAGGCCAGAUGCACUUGUCCGGCUACAGAGCGGCACGUGGAUCCCAAACGUCCACACCGCCAGGAUCUGUGCGGCAGGUGCAAGGGCAAGAGGCUGUCCUGCGACAGCACGUUCAGUUUCAAGUACAUCAUUUAGCUACCACCAGCCACUCUGGCCACUGUAGCCAACACUGGACUGUACAGAUUGCACUUACUGUGUACGUUUUUGUUCGAGCAACAGUAACUAUAUAUUUUUUUUUGUUUAUGGAUGUCAUGGAAGGCUUAAAAUAAAGAUGAAUUAGCAGCAA